AUGGCUGCCUCCCUGCAGACCCAUGAAAAGAACAUGCCCGAGCUUUUGCCCUCGAACCCGAGCACCAAGACACCCUGCCAGCUGGAUGGCUUGUCCAACACUAUGCAGAAUGCCGCCAGCAUCAAGAGCUUGAACCCCUCCAACAGUGAGGUGAAGUCUGCAGGGGAGUUGGACGAGGGCAAAAGUCUGCAGCCAGAAGAGAUGAGUGCCGAUAGAAGCCCCCUGUGCACCACCUUCCCUGAUAAAUCAACCAACAUAAGCUCCAUCCUGGAAUUGUUUCCCAAGUUACUAACCCUGGACAGCCAGGAGUCACCUUCACCAACCAGUAUCGGUACUGCAGCCCACAAGAGGUUACCAACCUGCAAGGGAAGCUUCUUUGGAUCUGAUGCACUGAAGAGCCUAAUCCUGCAAUUCCUGCAGCAGUACUACUUGAUCUACGACUCUGGAGACCGUCAGGGUCUCUUCGGUGCCUACCACAAUGAGGCCUGCUUCUCCCUGGCCAUUCCCUUCAACCCCGAGGAGUCAGCCCCAAGCAGCUUGUGUGAAUACUUCAAGGAAAGCAGGAAUAUGAAGAAGCUCAAGGACGCCUCCCUGCGUGUUCAGCCGCUGAAGCAUACAAAACGUGACAUCGUGGGCUCCCUCUGUGUGCUGCCCAAAACUCAGCAUGACCUCAGCUCCUUCAAUGUGGACAUGUGGUUCCAGACGGUGAGCACCGGCUUCCUCCCUCAGGCAGCCCCAGAAAGCCGUGGGAGCUGAAGACACACAGACAGCAGGAGUGUGCGUGCACAGUGAGACAAC